AUGGCGCGGCGGCUGCGGGGCGGCAGGUGCCGGGGCGGGCGAGGCGGCGGUCCCCCGACGGGGCGGGCGCUGGCGGUGCUGGUGCCGCUGUGGCUGUGCGCGGCGGGCGGCGGCGGCGCGGCGGCGCCGGUCUAUAACCUCAGCCUGGCGGUGGACGAGGGGCUGCCGGCCGAGACGCUGGUGGGGGACAUCCGCGCGGGGCUGCCGGCGGGCGCGGGGCCGCCGGGGGGCUUCCUGCUGUCGGAGGGGAGCGGCGAGUCGGCGGUGCUGGCGGACUUCCACGUCCAGGCGGAGACGGGCAUCAUCCGCACGGCGCGGCGGCUGGACCGGGAGCGGCGGGCGCGCUACAGCUUCGCGGCGGCCACGCUGCGCGGCGAGGUGGUGCAGGUGGAGAUCGCGGUCACCGACGUGAACGACCACCCGCCGCGCUUCCCGAGGGACUGCCUGCAGCUCAACAUCUCGGAGCUCAGCCCGCCCGGCACCGCCUUCCGCCUCCCGGCGGCCCGCGACCCCGACGCCGGCCGCUUCGGCACGCAGGGCUACGCGCUGCUGGAGGAGGGCGGCGCGGCGGGGGAGCCGCCGCUCUUCCAGCUGCGCUACGGGCGGCCGGAGCCGCUGGAGCUGGUGCUGCUGCGGCGGCUGGACCGCGAGCGGGCGGAGGCGCACCGGCUGGUGGUGGAGGCGUGGGACGGCGGCAGCCCCCGGCGCCGCGGCCGCCUGCGGGUAUCGGUGCGGGUGCUGGACGAGAACGACAACGCGCCCGCCUUCAGCCGCGGCGAGUACCGGGCGCGGCUGCGGGAGGACGCGCCGCCGGGCACCGCCGUCUGCCGCCUGCGGGCCACCGACCCCGACCUGGGCGCCAACGGCGAGGUGCGCUACGCCAUCAACCGCCGGCAGAGCGACCCCGACGGCUACUUCGCGGUGGAGGAGCGCAGCGGCGUGCUGCGCCUCCGCCGCCCGCUGGACCGCGAGGCGCGGGCCCUGCACCGCCUGGUCGUGGAGGCGCGGGACGGCGGCGCCCAGCCCGAGGUCUCCAGCGCCCUCGUCUCCGUGGCCGUGCUGGACGUGAACGACAACCGCCCCGCCAUCCGCCUGCUCUACCUCACCGAGAGCGGCGGCCCGCGGGUCUCCGAGGGGGCGCGGCCGGGCGACUACGUGGCCCGCGUCUCCGUCUCGGACGCCGACGAGGGCGGCGGGGCGGAGGGCGCGGAGGGCGGCGGCGGCGGCAUCGCGCUGGCCCUGCUGGGCGGCGACGGCGCCUUCGCGCUGCGGCCGGCCGGCGCCGGCAUCUUCUUCCUCUGCGUGGCGGGGCCGCUGGACCGCGAGAGCCGCGACCUCUACGAGCUGCGGCUGGUGGCCACGGACGGCGGCGCGCCGCCGCUCUCCGCCGAGGAGCCGCUGCUGCUGCGCGUCGCCGACCUCAACGACGAGGCGCCCGCCUUCCCGCAGCCCCACUACCGCGCCGCCGUCUCCGAGGCCGCCUCCCCCGGCACCGCCGUGCUCCGCCUCAGCGCCUCCGACGCCGACGAGCCGGGCUCGCCCAACGCCGAGGUGCGGUACGCGCUGGAGGGCGAGCCGGCCGCCCUGGCCCUGCUGCGCAUCGACGCGCGGAGCGGCGCCGUCAGCACCCGCGCCCGCCUGGACCGGGAGCGGCAGGCGGCGCUGGAGCUGCGCGUGGUGGCGCGGGACGGCGGGCGCCCGCCGCGCGCCGCCGCCUGCCGCCUCAGCGUCCGCGUGGAGGACGCCAACGACAACGAGCCCCGCUUCGAGCGGCAGGUCUACCGCGGCCGCCUGCCCGAGCACGCCGCGCCGGGCCGCUGCCUCCUCCAGGUCAAGGCAACAGAUGCAGAUGCCGACCAGUUUGGUGAAAUUGAGUAUUUUCUUUACGAUGGAUUUCAUUAUUAUGAAAAAUCCAAAGCCUUCCAGAUUGACCCACAUACUGGUCAGAUCUGUGUGUCUCAAGACAUUGACAGAGAAGGAGAUCCAACCACUUAUGAUCUCUUAGUAAAAGCUACAGAUGGGGGUGGACUGAGUGCCCAAGCUUUUGUUCGCAUCGAGAUAGAAGAUAUUAACGAUAAUCAACCUGUUUUUGAACAAGCUGUCUAUGUGACGAGCAUCAGCAGUCACACACAGCCAGGAACAGAGAUCGUCAAUGUUGUUGCCACAGACAGAGAUUCGGGAAUAUAUGGCGUUGUCACAUAUGAACUGGUCCCGGGAGAAUUUUCUUCUUUCUUCACAGUGGAUACAUCCACAGGAAUUAUUUACCUGAUCUCAGCUCUUGGCCACCUGGAGCGUCAUGCGCUCUUCCUGACUGUUUCUGCACGGGAUGGGGGUGGCCUUCCCUCUGCCAUCAAUGCAGCUGUCACAGUAAACAUCCUUCAGACCGCUUCGGCGCCUGCCAUAUUUGAGAGGUCCCGGUACACUUUUUCUGUUCCCGAAGAUGCACCUGAAGACAGCCUGAUUGGCACCGUAAAGGCCAGAGAGCCUCCAAAUUCUUUAGAAGUGGUUUCUUACAGAAUUUCCUCCGGUGAUCCACAUGGAAGAUUCUCUAUUGACCCCCAGUUCGGUAUCAUCCGCACCAAAAAACAGCUUGACCAUGAAACUCAGUCUGUUGUGGUGCUCACCGUUCAGUCACAGUUGGGUAACUCCCCUGUCUACAGUAGCACCCAGGUCAACAUAUCUGUGAUUGAUAUUAAUGACAACCCUCCGGUAUUUCUUACCAAAUCUGAUAAGGUAACUAUUUCACAUACCCAGCUUCCUGGCACUGCUGUUUACAUUGCUCAUGCAGAAGACAAAGACAGUGGCCUAAAUGGGGCAAUCAAAUAUAGUAUUGCAAGCAAGCAGUCAAAUGCAUUUAGCAUUGAUCCAAGCCUUGGAGUGGUAAACCUCACCAGGACGGUGUUUACAGAUAAGCAGCAGGAAUAUACUCUACACAUAGCAGCUGAAGACUGUGGAAGUCCUCCUCUGACUUCUUUGCUGAUGUUGACGGUGAUUAUUGAAGAGCAGAAGAUGGGCCCUACUUUGGUUUUUCAAAACUUGGUGUAUCAAGUAGAAAUCAGUGAAGCUACCUCUCCAGGUGCCCGAAUCCUUCAGGUUCAAGCCCACUCACUUGAUCCACAUAGCGUGACCUCCAAGCUGGUGUAUUCCUUAGAGCCUAGCACAGAUUCUGUUGCAUUUGGAAUCAGCUCUGAUUCUGGCUGGAUUUAUCUUCGGAAACGUUUAAACUAUGAAUGUGCACAGAUACUAAGCGUUAGAGCCCUGGUCAGCACCUCCGAGGAUGAAAACCUCAGGCAAAAUGCAAGUACAUCAGUAAUAGUUAAUGUCCUGGAUGAAAACGAUAAUUCUCCCAUGUUUAUGCGUGAGAGCUACUUCUUUGAAAUGGAGGAAAAUCCAGUUCCCAGGGGAGUGGUUGGCACCAUUACAGCUGUUGACAAAGACUCGGGAAGAAAUGGACAACUUUCCUAUUUCCUCUUGUCUGAUGGAAAGUAUUUCAAGAUUAAUUCCAACACAGGUGAAAUCAUAAACUGGGUUGCACUAGACCGUGAAAAACAAGCUCACCACCAGCUGACCGUGCUAGUGACCGACCACGGGUCACCGCGGCUUAACGCCACAGCCGCCGUGUACAUCGCGGUGAGGGACCUCAACGACAACAAGCCCCUCUUCCCUCAGGCGGCGCCCGGGCAGGAGCUGCACCUCAAGGUUUUGGAAGGGCAGCCGUCAGGGACACUUAUUACCACUGUCUUUGCAAAAGACUUUGAUUCUGGAAACAACGGUGUUGUAUUAUAUUCAAUAGAAUCAGAAGAGGAUACAGGAUACUUCCAGAUUGAUGCUGUCAGUGGGGAGUUAAGAACAACCCAGUCUCUGUCACAUGCUGAGAGAUCAGACUACAGAAUGAUGGUCACAGCCAGGGACCAGGGGGUGCCUUCACUUCAAGGACAUGCUGCCGUUUACAUCCAGGUAAUCCCACUUCCCAGUGGGAGAUCUGUCUUCUCUCAAGAUUUCAAGCACUUUGUUGUACCUGAAAAUUUUAAACCUGCACAAGUGUUGAAUUCUCUGAAGUGGCCUGAUAAUCAUCUAACAACUAACAAGAAACUGCAUUUCAGUAUCGCUAAAGAUGACGAUGAUGAUGUUCAUUUUGAAAUAGAUAGCUUGACAGGAGACCUUUUUCUUUCCAAGGAACUUGACUAUGAAACAGCUUCACACUUCCUUUUGCAAGUUAUUAUUAAGGAUUAUAAUAAUAAUCCUCCACAGAAUAACACUGUCUUCCUAAGUAUCGAUGUAGAAGAUCAGAAUGAUCAUUCUCCGUAUUUUCAAGACGACUUUGUAGUAAUUGGCAUAGAGGAAAAUGUACCUGUUGGCACUCUGGUUUACACAUUCAAUGCAAAAGAUGGAGAUGGCAGUUUUCUGAACAGCAAAAUACAGUAUUCCCUAGAAAUGAGUAACAUGGGUGAAAAUCCAUUUCUUAUUCACCCUUUGUAUGGCACCUUGACCACAGCUUUUCCACUAGACAGGGAGAUUACUCGCUCUGUGAUCGUUACAGUGUCUGCAGCAGACCAGGCAAUAAAUCUGACUGAUCGCAGGCUUGAUUCCCUGGCUGUGAAAAUUGUUAUUUUAGAUAUCAAUGACAACAGUCCCAGUUUUAAGUCUUCGCCUCUUUCCUAUGUCGUGGAGGAUGUGGAGGUGGGCUUCCUUGUGCACCGCAUAAUUGCAAAGGAUCCUGAUGAGGGAAGAAAUGGACAAGUUACAUACCACAUUCUUUCAGGCAAUGAAAACAAAGCAUUUGUAUUGGAUAAAAUCACAGGACUCUUAACUACAGCCCAGCUUCUGGACCGUGAGAUUCAGGAGCACUACAGUUUGACAGUCAUGGCUCUUGAUGACGGCAGCCCAGCUCUCUCUGCCACGCAGGUUCUAACCAUCAUUGUUCUUGAUGUGAAUGAUGAGACCCCGAUAUUUCUGAAGCAACUUUAUGAGGCUGCAGUUCGUGAAAACCAAGAUCCAGGGGAGUUUGUCAUAAAGGUGGAAGCUGUGGACAGAGAUGCAGGACUGAAUUCCUUGCUUCGGUAUGAAGUCUUACCAGGAACUGGUUAUGAGAAAUUCAAGAUGAACUCGGACAGUGGAGAACUCGUAACAACUGCAUCAAUGGACAGGGAAACCCAGGAGGUUUUCAGUAUUAAAGUUUUGGUUCGAGAUAGUGGAACCCCAUCGCUGUCGAGCACGGUGACAGUUAUCUGCACAGUGCUGGAUGAAAACGAUCACUCUCCCACAUUUCUUCUUCCUGCCUCUGAGAUCCGUAUUCCAGAGAACCAACAGCCUUCUGUCAUUUACAUUACCCGGGCUGUAGAUAUGGAUGAUGGCAAUAACGGAGCUCUGAAAUACAAAAUAAUUGGUGGAAAUGUUGGAGAAUACUUCACACUAAAUAACACUUCAGGAAAACUGCUGGUCACUCGUAGCUUAGACAGAGAAGACGUCAGCAAUUUUACUCUUGUAAUUGAGUGUCAUGACCUAGGCAGUCCCUCGAGAAGCUCCACUGCACAGCUCUAUCUAACGGUCUUGGAUGAAAAUGACCACAGCCCAUUGUUUGCAAAGACCCACUAUCAAAUCUCUGUGAGAGAAGACCUAGAGGAAGGCUCAGCCAUCCUGGACCUCUUUGCUUCUGACGAAGAUGAUGGCUUGAAUGGCGAAGUUACGUACUCCCUCAUUGAUGACACCUUCGGAACGUUUGCUAUCGACAGUGUAACGGGGUCUAUAGUUACUACAAAGGCACUGGACCGGGAGACCAAGUCCCAGUAUACAUUUAGGGCUGUGGCAAGUGACUGUAGCACCCAUUUGCCAAGAAGCACCACUGUCACUGUUGUGGUGCACGUUGAUGAUGUCAAUGACAAUGAUCCCAUUUUUUUGCAGAAUCCUAUCAGGGCCUUUGUGCCUGCUGAAACCCCUGUGAAUGAGACAGUAGCCACUGUGAGAGCGGAGGACGUGGAUCUGGGAUCAAACGGAGCUGUUGUUUUUAGUUUGAUGAUAGCGGAAACUGUAUUUCAGAUCGACGCGAAGACAGGUGACGUCAUUCUUCAGGAGCCCUUGGCUUCCAAGGACUUCAGUACCCAGCUGCUAGUGAUGGCUUCAGAUCAAGGUAUCUCACCUCGAACAGCCACAGCUAUGGUCAUUAUCUUUACAGAAGAACAAGAGGAGGAGAUUUCAUUCAGCCGUAGUCUGUAUGAAGCAAGCGUGCCUGAGAACAGUGCAGCAGGUACAUCAUUUCUAACUGUAGAAGCUUUUGAACGCAAAUUUACAGGAGAAAACAUAAAAUACAGCAUCUUCGGUGACAAGGAAAGCAUAUUCUCCAUACACCCCAUUACAGGUGCGAUCACCGUAAAAGAGCCAAAGUUUCUUGAUUAUGAAGUUAAGAAUAAAAUACAUCUUUCAGUUUUGGCUGAAAAUAACUUGAAUUCAGCGCUCUGUCGAGUGACAGUUUUGAUACAAGAUGUGAAUGACAAUGUACCUAAAUUUGAGCAAAGCUAUUACAAAGCAUCAGUAUGGGAAGGCCAAAGUCCUAAAACAGACAUCAUACAGGUAUUUGCAACUGACUUUGACAGUGGGCUGAAUGGAGAAACUGAAUACUCAAUUUUAUCUGGUAAUGAAAAUGCAAUAUUUCUAAUUGAUUCGGUACGAGGGAUUUUAACAACUAAUACAGUCCUAGAUCAUGAAAACACUUCAUCUUACAGGUUGGUUGUACAAGCUGCUGAUAAAGGAAACCCCAGACUUUCUGCUACAAGUAUUGUGAGGAUACAAGUGUUAGAUGUUAAUGACAAUGCUCCAGUUGUCCAACCACUAGGUGAAGUGGAGGUCCCAGAAAAUGCCCUGCCUGGUUUUACAGUGACUCGGGUGUCAGCAAGUGAUGCAGACUCCAGGCCAGCACUUCAGUUUGGUUUUAUUUAUGAUAAUAGUCCUGGAAUGAAAUUUGCCAUCGAUCAACACACUGGUGUAGUCACAGUGGUGGAACCAUUAGAUUUUGAAGAAACUGCUGUGUAUAAGCUGAGAAUCAUAGUUUCAGAUUCUGUACAUGAAACAGAAGCAGAACUCACCAUCCUUGUUUUGGACGUCAAUGAUAACCCACCAGUGUUUACUCAGGAUUCGUAUCAGGUGAGCUUGUCAGAGCUCAUUUCUAUGGAUGCCACUGUUCUGACAGUCUCUGCUGUGGAUAGGGAUUUGGAGCAUAAUGGAAUGAUUUCCUACAAAAUCCUCUCUUCCUCUGAGGGAUUUUCCAUUGAUCACAAGAAUGGUUCAGUGUUUGCUUCGGGACCAGUGACACAGCUGGAAAAGAUUUCCAUUAUUCAGCUCCUGAUAGAAGCCACGGAUGGUGGCAGUCCCACUCUGAGUGCAGUUACCUCUGUAGAGGUGCACGUAGAAGAUGUAAAUAACUAUGCCCCUCAGUUCACAAGGGUUCUGUACAAUCUCAGUGUGAGCGAGGAUGCCUCAGUUGGAGAAAGUGUCCUCACAUUUUCAGCCAUCGACUGCGAUUGGACACGUGAAAACACAUAUGUUGAAUACUCUAUUAUUGAUGGCAAUGCUGAGAAUUUAUUCUGCGUGGAAACAAGUGUCAUGGAGUCAGAAACAUCGUACAAACUUGUUGGCAGUCUUGUUUUGAGCAAUGUUCUUGACAGGGAAACGGCUUCUUCUCACCGUUUGAUCCUCCUUGCCUCUGAUCGUGGAACACCCUCAUUGAAUUCAACUGCUACUGUGCUAAUAACUGUGCUGGAUGUUAAUGAUAAUUCUCCAGUAUUUAGCAGCCCAGAGUACCAUAUUCAUGUCAAAGAAAGCAUCCCUGUAGGUAGUCACAUCGCUGAAGUUUCAGCAAAUGACUGCGAUGCAGGCACUAACGCAGAGAUCACUUAUGCUAUCAUCUCUGGAAAUGACAGGGGACAUUUUCGCUUGGAUGGGAAAACAGGAUCAGUGGAUUUGAUGAAAACACUGGAUUAUGAGGAUACUAUGAAAUUCACUUUGAUCAUCCAAGCCACAGAUGGAGGAGCUGAUGUAAAAAAUGUGGCUUUUUCUGUUGUUCUUAUUAGCAUCCUAGAUGACAACGAUUAUGCCCCACUGUUUUUGUUUCCCAGCCUGAGCUGCAUUGUCAGUGAAAAUCUGCCUACCUUUUCUUUUGUGUGCGCUGUUAAUGCACUGGAUUUUGAUAAAGGCUCCUAUGGACACCUUACCUACUCCAUCCAGUCUUCGUGUUUGGCUCAUCGUGAAGCUCCUAGAGACCAUGACAUGUUCUUCAUUGAUCCUUUGACAGGAGAUAUUCAUACAAAGCAAAUGUUUGACUAUGAAAGUCGGAAUAGGUACUGUCUUAUAAUCCAAGCAAAAGACAAAGGUGACUCACUGGCUACCGUUACAGUUCAGGUAGAUAUUGAGGGGAGAGAUGAAUUUGACCCAGUGUUUACACAAGAUCAGUAUUUCUUUAAUCUCCCUAAGAAGAACGAAGCAGGCCAGUUGCUUGGCAGAGUGACAGCAUCAGACAGUGAUGGUGGAUUGGACGGAGUUGUUCAUUACUCCCUGCUAAAAACUUCUCCAUUCUUUUCUGUGAAUCAAACCAGUGGUAAUAUUUAUUUGACUCAAACUGUUCACAGAAAGAAAAAUGGCAGCAAAAGGAAUGAUGACACCCUGGAAUUGUUGGUAAGAGCUCAUAGCCCCAAAACUGAGUCAAAGUUCGCAGUAUGCACCGUUUUGGUAAAUGUUUCCAGUUCUUCUGAGAGUUAUCCCAUAGUGUCAGCAUACAGCCUGACCGUUAGCAUUUCGGUCUCCUUGAUAGUGUUCCUACUGCUUGCAGUCAGUCUUAUUGCACUUAUUCUGAGACAUAAGCGGAAAGAUCUGAUGAACUCUUGUGUGAAAAAAGAAGCAGUAUCCUCCUCAGCUACUGACAUGAAUUCAGCCAGCAAAGAUAAGGACUGCCAGAAAAUCCAAAGUACUGAGAGCAGUAUGCUUCCCAUGGGUGCCAUAGCAGAAUGGCUGAGCCUAGCAGGAAUCGGAGAGGGGAAGGGUGAUGGUGUCCCCUGCAGGCAUUCGGACUCCAGUGGCCACGGUUCUGCUGAAGGAGAAACUGCAGAGGAUGAGGAAAUCAAAAGGAUCAAUGAGCAUCCUUGCAGAAAGAGCACCGGCUCAGUGCUGAGCGAGCGUGGCUCACGGGUGCCAGAUUCAGGGAUCUCAAGAGAGUCUGAUCAGCUCUCCUGUCAGUCUGGAGAAAUGGAUGUCAUGGCUACCACACAAAGCAUGGAGAGGGUGCAGGCUAUUAAAGGAGAAGGCAGAGAAGAAGCCUGUGACACAGCCUAUGCACGUAAAAUGUUGUCUCAAACACUUAAGAAAAUUGGAAUAAAAGAGAAAGACAUAAUGACAGACCUCACAAGAGAACAUGUCUUGAUGUCAGAUAGGGAGGACUCUGGGUAUGAUUCGCUUGCAACUCUUGGCACCUCUGAUGAGGAUCUCAGAGGUGGUUAUAACUGGAAUUAUGUGCUCAGCUGGGAACCCAGAUUUCAACCUCUUGCCUCAGUGUUUAAUGAUAUUGCAAAACUGAAAGACGAAAACGUACACAUUCAUAGCUUCCCUAAGGAGAAGACAUCUCUUGUUUUCCCUCCUCCCUUGAUAACAUCAGUAGCUCAGCCUGGCAUAAGGACAGUGCCACCACGAAUGCCAAAUAUAAUAUCAGGGCAAGCAUUUAAAAAUUACCCUCGUUCUCCCCUUAUCCAUAAUCUUGGAUACCCUCCACCAGCCAUGACCCCCAGUUUUUCUCCUUCUCUCUCUUUACUUACCGUGCAGACGCCUACUGCUUCUCCAGUAAUGUCUGAUGGGAAAAUGAUAGGACCGUGUCAUAUUGAUCUAAGCCAUGAACUUGCAACAGAGGAAGAAAUUCAGGUGUAG